AUGGCAUAUGAUCCUUUUGAUGAUGAUGAGUUUAUUGACACAAAUAAUGAUGCGGAUGACGAAGAUCUUGGCUCAAAUGUGGAACAUAUUACAACAGUUGGGAUGCCUCCUCGUCGUGAGAAACGCAACUCUGGUCGUCGUAAUGGUGGUGGACCAAAUGAACCUGAUCCAAAUAUCGUAGCUGCUAUCACUCAGGCCUUUACUGCUAUGUUGCCUACACUUGUUCAGGCCGUACGUGGUCCUGAUCCGAAUUCAAAUCCUAAUCCAAACCCUAACCCCAAUCCUAAUCCGAACCCUAAUCCCAAUCCAAAUCCGAACCCUAAUCCAGACCCAAUCCCAAACGGUGUAAUUGGGGAUUGGCUAGAUAAGUUCAUAAAACAGAAACUGAGAUCUUUCACAAAGGCAACCACUCCAAUUGUAGCAAGGGAUUGGAUUGCUAAUAUCGAGAAAAUAUUCCGGGCAUUAGGAGUUGGCGAUGAAUUUAAAUCGAGAUUAGCAUCGUAUAAACUAGAAGAAGAUGCACAAACUUGUUGGAUUUCUUGGGUCAGCGCUGGAACACCAGAGGAACAAGCAGAGAAAUAUCAAUGGGCAGUUUGUGAUUGGAUUCGUAGAGCAAUCAUCCAGUCAACGUUCCCCACUGUUGCAGAGGCCGCUAAGGCUGCCAAAAGGGUUGAUAUGGAGAACAAGAAUCUUUGGGUGGUUCCAGUAAUAGUAGGAAGAGAAAUAGAGACGAAUACCACACUCCGUUCACUAGUGAGUCGCCUCAAGCACCUACUCGAAAUAAUCAAAGCAAGCAAUAUGGGGAAUAGGUCAUCGGGGAGGAAUACUAGACCAUGGCAUGGAAGGAACCAAAAUCAGGGUCAGAUCAAAACCUACCGGCCACCAACCCAAGCUCAACCCGUAAACCAGAGAGGUAACUCGAACCCUACUCAGCCUCCAAUGUGUAAACAUUGCAACAAGCGUCACCCAGGCAUGUUUCGUCGACUUACUAGGGCUUGCCUUAAGUGUGGAGAUAUGGGGCAUAAGAUUAAUGAGUGCCCAAAGGCUGGAAACCGACCAACUGAUACCACUAAGGGAGCUACUGUGCCACCUACUACUGGAGGGCGUGUUUUCUCAUUGACUGCAGGGGAAGCUGCUAAUGCUCCAGUCUCUCAACUAAUUGCCCAACAUCUUAAAAUUUCGCCUUCUCUAUUGGAUCAAGCUUUAGUUAUUUCUACACCAAUGGGAAAUCCUUUAGUUAUUACUCACGUCUAUAAAGAUUGCCCGCUUGUGAUCGGAAAUGUUAUUCGUAUAGCGAAUCUUUAUCCCAUGCAAAUGAGAGAUUUUGAUGUCAUACUAGGCAUGGAUUGGUUAUCCACGCAUCGCGCUACCAUCGAUUGUCACUCCAAACGAGUCAUUUUUGGUGAUAUUCUGAAUCCUGAAUGUAUUUAUCAAGGAACUCAACCUCGAAAAUCCAUUAAAAUCAUCUCUACUCUUAAAGCUCAAAAACUUAUAUCCCAUGGAUGCGAGGGAUUCUUAGCUGCUAUUAAAGAUACCUCAGUGGAUACACCACGUGUCGAAGACGUUCGUAUUGUUCGAGACAUCUCUGAUGUCUUUCCAGAAGAAUUACCAGGGAUACCACCUGAACGUGAAGUAGAGUUCACUAUUGAUUUGAUUCCCGGAGCUGAACCUAUUUCUAAAAAACCCUAUCGUAUGGCCCCAUUAGAGUUAAAGGAAUUCAAAGAGCAGCUGCAAGAACUUUUGGAACUUGGAUUCAUUAGACCUAGUGUUUCACCUUGGGGAGCACCGGUCACCAUUCGUAAUCGCUAUCCCUUACCACGUAUUGAUGACCUUUUUGACCAACUCCAAGGAGCGAAGUUUUUCUCAAAGAUUGAUCUCAGAUCAGGGUACCAUCAGUUGAGGGUCAGAGAUCAAGAUGUUCAUAAGACAGCUUUUCGUACCCGGUACGGUCACUAUGAGUUUCUAGUCAUGCCUUUCUGUUUAAUAAAUGCUCCUGUUGUUUUUAUGGAUCUUAUGAACCGAGUAUUUCAUGAGUACUUGGAUCGAUUCGUUAUUGUAUUCAUCGAUGACAUCUUGGUGUUUUCUAAAAGUAGUGUAGAGCAUGAGGACCAUCUUCGCACGGUUCUAGGAACUUUACCCCAGGAGAAGUUAUACGCAAAAUUUUCUAAGUGCAACUUUUGGCUUGAACAAGUGGCGUUUCUAGGUCACAUUGUAUCAGUGGAAGGUAUCACAAUGGAUCUAUCAAAGGUGGAAGAUAUCACUAAAUGGCCCAGGCCAACUUCAGUUACCAAAGUUCGGAGUAUUCUUGGUCUAGCGGGUUAUUAUCGACGUUUCGUAGAGGGAUUUUCUAUUUUGGCCUUACCUCUCACUCAACUCUUGAGGAAAGGGGUAAAAUUUACUUGGAACGAUGAUCGGGAAAAGAGUUUUGAGGCACUGAAAGUGAAGAUCGAACCGAACCUCAUCACUCAGAUAAAGGAAGCUCAAAAAGAAGAUGGUGAGCUUUGGGCGAUGUUACAAAAUAUGAGAGUAGGAAAACAAUCUGAAUUUCGAGUGGAUGAACAUGGAACAAUAUGGUGUGGGAAACGUUUAUGUGUGCCAGAUGAUUCCACUCUUCGUGAAUCAUUAUUGACUGAGGCACACAGUUCACCAUAUUCUAUACACCCUGGAUCCACAAAGAUGUAUAGGGAUUUGAGGCAACAUUUUUGGUGGAGUGGUAUGAAAGAAGAUGUAGCUAGACAUGUGAGCCAGUGUUUGAUUUGUCAGCAAGUGAAGAUUGAACAUCAACGGGCUAGUGGAUUAUUACAGUCAUUAGAUAUUCCUGUAUGGAAGUGGGAUGAUAUUUCUAUGGACUUUGUAACUCGUCUACCAAGAACCCUUAUUAAGAAUGAUGCUAUUUGGGUUGUGGUAGAUAGACUUACAAAGUCUGCUCAUUUCCUGCCCAUUCGUAAAGGGUACUUGGUGAGUAAGCUAUCAGAGAUAUUCCUUCAUGAGAUUGUUCGAUUGCAUGGUACUCCGUCAUCUAUAGUGUGUGAUAGAGAUCCAAGUUUCACAUCACGGUUCUAG